UUACAAUAGCAAGUUAAGACUUGACAAUAAACAUUGGUCGACUGGUUGAUUUUUUGGGUUUUUAAUUAAAAAAAUGAUCAUUAAAUGUAACAAAAUAGUUUUAAAAUUGAGAUAGCAUAAUGGGAAGCUUAAAUAUAGCAGAAUGGACUCCGGACCAAGUCGCUGAGUGGAUGUCAGGGCUGGGGCCUAAAGUUGCGCAGUAUGUUCCCGAACUACACAAACAAGGAUUAAAUGGCGCGAAGCUGCUAACCCUGCGUUGUGAUGACUUGGAGUAUCUCGGAAUACACAUAAUCGGUCAUCAGGAACUCUUAUUAGAGGCAAUAGAACAUUUACGAAACUUCCAUUAUGAGAUAUCAAGAGAAUGCGUGCAGCAGUUAGCAUUGCGAGUAUCAUCAGCAGCGUCUUCUCUGGCUCGUGCUUUACGUCACCAUAUGGACGCUCGCCUUGAGACCCAAUCCCUGGCUGACGUUGCAAGAACAGUACAUGCUGUUAAACCUCUAGUUUGUUGGUUGGACAGCUGGCCCCUAUGCUCGGGGUCUCCCCUAGCGGAGCGCAAGACAGCCUUAUUAAAGCUAUCUCUGGAAGCGGCCACUUGUGCUCAGAGGGACAGGUUUGCAGAGCAACCCGCGAGGGCUGUCGCCGCCGCCGCUGCUGCAGUUGCAGCCGUCGCUGAUUAUAUCAUACAGGACGUGUCGGACCCCACGAUCCUGCAGCCCGCGUCGCUGGACGCCGUGUCGCUGCGGCAGGGCGAGCGCGCGCUGGGCUUCGAGGUGCUGCGCUCGCUCUGCGGACACCACCAGCUGGCGCACCUGCGCUUCGCCUCGCCCGCGCACGCCUCGGGCCUGGUGCACGAGGCCGACGAGAUCGUGCAGGUCGGCGGCAAGUGCGUGAUCGGCUGGAGCGGCGAGGCGGUGGAGCGCGCGUGCGCGGACGCGGCGCGCGGCGCGGGCGAGCUGCAGCUGCGGCUGCGGCGGCGCGGUGCCCGCGCGCUGCCCGCCGCGCCGCUGCGGCCGCACCUGGCGCUGCACAGCUGCGGCUGCGGCGGCGCGGCGCCCGCGCGCCGCCCGCCGCGCCGCUGCGGCCGCACCUGGCGCUGCACAGGUGACACGCGACACGUGCCCCUCUCACACACACUCUCAGCUGCGGCCGCACCUGGCGCUGCACAGGUGACACGCGACACGUGCCCUCUCACACACACUCUCAGCUGCGGCUGCGGCGGCGCGGCGCCCGCGCGCUGCCCGCCGCGCCGCUGCGGCCGCACCUGGCGCUGCACAGGUGACACGCGACACGUGCCCCUCUCACACACACUCUCAGCUGCGGCCGCACCUGGCGCUGCACAGGUGACACGCGACACGUGCCCUCUCACACACACUCUCAGCUGCGGCCGCACCUGGCGCUGCACAGGUGACACGCGACACGUGCCCUCUCACACACACUCUCAGCUGCGGCUGCGGCGGCGCGGCGCCCGCGCGCUGCCCGCCGCGCCGCUGCGGCCGCACCUGGCGCUGCACAGCUGCGGCCGCACCUGGCGCUGCACAGGUGACACGCGACACGUGCCCUCUCACACACACUCUCAGCUGCGGCUGCGGCGGCGCCGCGCCCGCGCGCUGCCCGCCGCGCCGCUGCGGCCGCACCUGGCGCUGCACAGCUGCGGCCGCACCUGGCGCUGCACAGGUGACACGCGACACGUGCCCUCUCACACACACUCUCAGCUGCGGCUGCGGCGGCGCGGCGCCCGCGCGCUGCCCGCCGCGCCGCUGCGGCCGCACCUGGCGCUGCACAGCUGCGGCCGCACCUGGCGCUGCACAGGUGACACGCGACACGUGCCCUCUCACACACACUCUCAGCUGCGGCUGCGGCGGCGCGGCGCCCGCGCGCUGCCCGCCGCGCCGCUGCGGCCGCACCUGGCGCUGCACAGCUGCGGCUGCGGCGGCGCGGCGCCCGCGCGCCGCCCGCCGCGCCGCUGCGGCCGCACCUGGCGCUGCACAGGUGACACGCGACACGUGCCCCUCUCACACACACUCUCAGCUGCGGCCGCACCUGGCGCUGCACAGGUGACACGCGACACGUGCCCCUCUCACACACACUCUCAGCUGCGGCCGCACCUGGCGCUGCACAGCUGCGGCUGCGGCGGCGCGGCGCCCGCGCGCUGCCCGCCGCGCCGCUGCGGCCGCACCUGGCGCUGCACAGGUGACACGCGACACGUGCCCUCUCACACACACUCUCAGCUGCGGCUGCGGCGGCGCGGCGCCCGCGCGCUGCCCGCCGCGCCGCUGCGGCCGCACCUGGCGCUGCACAGGUACGAGCCUCGUCCCCCACGCCCCCCGCAGCCGCCCGCGCCCGCGCCCCCCUCCCCCGCACCCUCUUCCUCCGACGACAGUGAGGCUCUCUCGCCACCCGCCUCGCCCACUCUACACCUCGACACCGCACGGCUGUACCCGCCCAAGCCCGCGGCGGCGCGCGCGCGGCGCCACUCCGUGUGCGGCGGCUCGCCCAGAGCGACGCGUCCGCCGCUCGCUGUGGACCGCUUCUGGCAAGAAUUACAGCAACAGCGUUGGGUUCAUGGAGGCAGCCCGGAACCGGAUGACUUCACACUUCUGUCAACCUGCUUGCAGGCAGUGUCGUGUAGCACGGGGCUACAGCUGUCUCCUCGACCGCGCACGUGCCCGGCCGUGCCCCGCCCCCGAGUUAACGAGCGCCCAAAUCCAGGCCCCGGCCCCGCCCCUGAUCCCGCUCCCGCCUUUGCCCCCGCGCCCGCCCAUAGCCGCGGCAAGCUGGACAAGAGCCACUCCACUCCCGCCUACGACUUCGAGCCAUCCGAGCCCGGUGUACUCACCUCUCAAACGAUACCCGAGUCCCCGACCACGCCCACAGCCCCGGCCACGCCCCCUCACUGCCCGUGGAAGGAGAAAGCGGGGCAAAUACUUGAUUUCAAGAAGUCGAGCUCCCAGAUCGAGGAGGCCAUACAGUUGAGGAGUCGUCGGGGACACGCUGAUGACGAUAAAGUAGACAUAUUCAGCGAUGAAGACGUCCGUCCCAUUGAUGAGGACUCUAAACUAGAAAUCGUGGAGACUGUCAACGUAGUCUUGAGUGAGAGUUUUAAAGUCACCGAGAGGACCACAGUCGAGGAAGUCAAGAGGGUCAUGAAAGUGGAAAGGAAGUCGUCGCCGAAGUAUUCCGCGGAUGAUACGAGUAGUGACGACCAAAUACCGAUCCCUGUCAAGUAUCCUAAACCCCGGAUAACCGAACGCUACCGACCGGCCGACAUCCCGCCCGAGCCUCCUCCACGCCCAUACAUUCUUACACGCGACCCCCCCAUACCUCCGCCGAGGGACUCGAUCUCUAGGGAAGCCCGAGGGCACGUGACCCCCCGUGAGGUCAGCCCCCCCGCAGCGCGCGUGGUCCCUCGCGAGCUGAGCCCCGCAGCGCAAGCGACCCCCCGCGCGCCCCCCCGCGAUGCGCGGCCCCCCGCGCCGGCCGGCCCCCCGGCGCACGUGCGCGACGUGCUGUGGGCGCGAGCGGGAGACAACGCGCAGGCCCCGAGCCGGCCGCUGUCCAAGCGCGACAUCCAGCUGGUGGCGGCGCCGCGCCGCGAGCUGCCGGCGCUGAGCGGCGCCGAGCGGCCCGAGGGCGGGGCGGGGGCGGGGGCGGGCGCGCCCGGCGACGCGGCCGGCGCGCGCGCCGUGCUGCCCAAGCGCGGCCUCAAGAAGAAGAACUCCAUGCUGGCCAAGCGGCGGGGCGUGGCGGCGCGCGCGCUGGCGGCGGGCGGCGCGGCGGGCGGGGCGUGGCAGCGCGUGCGCACGCGCGGCGGGGCGGCGCGCUGGGCGGCGCGCCACCUGCUGCUGGCGCACAGCCUGCUGUACGCCUUCCGCUCGGCCGACGCGCCGCGCGCCGCCUGCAUGAUCUACCUGGAGGGCUGCACGGCCAGCGCCGCGCCCGAGGUCAAGUCGCGCCCGCACGCCUUCAAGGUGUACCACACGGGCACGGCUUUCUACUUCGCCUGCGAGUCCCAGGAGGCCACGCAGGCGUGGAUCCAGCUCAUACACCGCGCCACACUGCUGCCCUCGCUGCUAUCCGAGAUGGAAUUAUCGAAACAAUUCUCGGAGACUGAUUAUUCAGACACAGAAUCGGACAACGAAAGUACCGAGAGGAGAAACGAAAAGGAUAGGCAGAUAGAGAAAGAGAGGGAAAAAGAGAAAUCGAAGUUUGGUUCAUUAAAGAAGUUGACACACCGCAGCGGACGAAGUGAGUCGCAGGAGAAUGUGAACCAGGCGACCGCUACCAGCUUGGACAGGAAAUAUCUUAGGUUUUUCUCGAGAGCCAGACCUAAAGAUGAGGCGAAGAAUGUUAAGAGCAAGCCAGUGGGUGCGCCAGUACCCACGGAACACUACCGCAGCUAUCGACGCGAGGUCUCGAACCCCAUUAAGCCCAGCAAGCCUACUAAGCCCACGAAGCCCACGCCCAUCAACUACAUUCACGCCUCCAACCCCAACCUGCUUGACUUCGAGAAGAGCGACUUCGUUACCAAGCCCGCUAUACAGAUCCCGAAGCCGCCGGCCGCGGAGAAGCCCGUGGGCUUCGUGACGCUGGAGCAGUUCAUGCUGCAGAAGCAGGCGGAGGAGCGGCGCGGGGGGGAGCGGCGCCGCGCCCGGGUCGGCGACCGCGGCCGCGGGGAGGGGCUCGGCUACGAGCUGGAGGAAAGCGCGCCGAGGAGCGAGCGAAGACCCCCCGGGAGACACGCGCAGGCCGAGUCGCCUCAGACGCCACCGACGCAAACACCAACUGAAAGCGGAGCGGGGGGCGUGUCCAGACUGCGACUGAUGUUCGGAAGCAACCGUUCCGAACCGUCAGCGCAAUACCCGCACUUGCAGUGCCCGCCCACCUUCCAACCGGAGACGUACUCGCUGUCCCGCCCCCCGCGCCCGCGGGACUGA